AUGGAUGGGGACAUUGGUUUGGACAACUUCCGCUUCUUGCAAGUGUAUACCGGUGUGGCGGUUGCGCCGGAGCAGCUUCAGGACAAGGAGGCAUUGGCAGAGGAGCAGCAAGAGACGGCCGCCUUGAACUUGUUCACUGUGAAGCUGGAGAGGGAGGUCAAGCUGUGGGAGAGAUACCAAGAGUCCUUGAAGGAGUUCAACAAUGGGCAAAAAGAUGCCAGAAGCAGCUUCCGUCGUGAACAGGAUGCCAAGCUGAAGGAGGCGGUCGCGACUUACACCCAUAAGAAGUUCCCUUGCAAGGCCCUUCCGGGGGAGGAUGCUGUCAUGCCGUACAUCCGAAGUUACAGCGCCGACUGGGCGGACACAGAGAACAAGUCGCACGAUGAGAUCCAUUACAUCUACGUCGCAGACUUGACAUCCCUCGGAUCUUCUUGUUCGCGCUACCUCGCGCGCGUCUGCCGCAUUCUGGGAGAUGGCCUAGCUGCUGGAGCAGAGAGGAGUGUAGCAGUGGUGGUGGGGCCGAACGUAGCCUCCUACGGCAACACCUACGACGACGAGUCUGUCGAGAAAUCCCAGGACGAUGUGGAGCAGCAGUUGCGGCAAGACACGUAUGACAUGAAUGUCAAGAGAGCUCAGCUUUGCUUCGCUCCGGAGACGUUCGGCUCCACAAAGAGGAGCCUUGUGCAUCCCAUGUGGCUCUGUGUAAACAAGGCCACAGAUGCAAAUGGCAAGCUCCUCAGCCGCUUUGCCAAUGGCUCGCUGUGGCAUCACCGUGCCUGUGUGGGAAUCCAGGCCAAAGCUGUUGCUGACUUUGUGAACCCAGCACAGGGAGUGUCCAUCCAGCUGAACACCGUCAAUCUCAGCAAGGCCCAGCAGUACAAGCAGCACAUCAGCGGCCCAGACCUCUGGCUGAAGGUGCUGGAGGGUCUUUGGAAAGGACUUGCCCCUGGCCCUUUCACUGUGGCAGUUUAUGCCAACCUGCUCCCGUACGACCACGGGCUCACUCAAGCAUGCUUGCAGAGAGCAAUGGAGCCCAGUGGCCGUCUGCCUCGCGAGGCAGUCAUCAGUGGGCUGUGGGCGUACGCAGAUGAUCCCAGCCAGCGAGUGAAAAUGGCAGACUGGUUGAGAAGGGCUGCCGACAAUCAGACGGAGAAGUACAUCAAGGAGGGCGUGCUAAAGCUCCCCAACCUGGUCCUGAAAGACUUUUCCCCAGAGGGAGUUGCUCCCACUUACGACACACGUGAGUAUGUGCUUACAGCUCCAGUGCAAGGCAAGCACCUGUCAUUCCGCCAAGAAGUCUUGGAUAUGUACGAUGGAAAAUUCAGCAAGCUCAAGGAUGCAUACGAAGCACUGAAGAAGAAGCACAAUGAGAAGCACAACCCUUCAGGAGUUCCUUACAAAGGAGCAGGCAAGCGCACAGAGACAGCCAGUGAGAAGGAAGUUCAGGGGGAGCCGUUCGCGGACGAGGAUUGCUUCGAGAGCUUGGACAACGUCAAGGCGACAGAUGGGCAUGUGACUGUGAUUCAGUCCCAGAUGCCUGAGCUGUUUGAGCUUGUCUUCUCGGCCAAGAAUGCAAUGUACUUGCAUGCCAAGAGCGACGGAGUUCUGAAUACGGAUGUUCCCCUCAUGGAUUUGCAUGGCGAGUUUCUCACCGGCAAGGAGGUUGCUGGCAAGAAGGACACCGUGACGUACAAGCUUGCAGAUGGGGAUUCCGUUGCAUGCUUCUCCCACCCUGAUGGUGAGAGUUGGCGACCCCCCUUCACCAAAGGCCUUGCAACGCUGAAGGAGUUCAUCGACUACCUCCAGGAGUGUGGCUUUGGCAGUGUGACCUCACCCUGCCACGAGAUAUCCAUUGGUGAGAACGGCGCUGUGACGGUCAACGAGAAGGAGGCUUGCAGCUACCUGCCGAAGAAGAUUCCCAGCAGGACGCAGGCAGACCACUCCAAUGCUGGCAGUCUCAUGGAUUUCAACGACAUGUCAUGGACCGAUGGUGAACACAAGAAGAAGUACAUGAUGGUUCAUAUGCAUUUCUCAUGGGUUCACAAUGCAGCCCAAGGUGACUCCUUGACUCCAGCAAAGCCGAGAUUCCUCUUGACGAAGCCCCGCCGCUUGCAAGGGGGCCGUUGCUACAAGCUCGCCUAG